AUGUCUUCGCGUAAAACAGCCGGACGCCGUGCAACAACCAAAAAGCGUGCACAACGCGCAACAUCAAACGUCUUCGCGAUGUUUGAUCAAGCUCAAAUCGCUGAAUUUAAGGAAGCUUUCAAUAUGAUCGACCAAAAUCACGAUGGUUUCAUCGAUAAAGAAGAUCUUCACGACAUGCUUGCCUCGUUAGGUAAAAAUCCUACUGAUGAAUAUUUGGAGGGAAUGAUGAAUGAGGCUCCAGGACCUAUCAAUUUUACAAUGUUUUUAACUUUAUUCGGCGAAAGGCUUCAAGGCACAGAUCCGGAAGAUGUAAUUAAGAAUGCCUUUGGUUGUUUCGACGAAGAAAAUACUGGACACAUAAACGAAGAACGUCUUCGAGAAUUACUUACUACAAUGGGAGACAGAUUUACGGAUGACGACGUGGACGAAAUGUAUCGAGAAGCACCUAUCAAAGGAUCGAUGUUCGACUAUAUAGAAUUUACCCGAAUUUUAAAACACGGUGCUAAAGACAAGGACGAACAGUGAAAAAUUUGAAAUAUCCCGUUCUUUAUAUCUGUUUGAUUGAGCGUGUAACACUUUUUAAUAUGGUUGGAAUUGUAAAGUUUCAAAUAUCACUUGUAUUUUAUAUAUCCUCUAUUAAUGAGAACAACUGAAAAUCUA